UGUGGAAGCUUGUGAUGACGGAGCAGAUGACGUACUUGUCAUCGAUCGCGUGUCCACAGAAGUCACCCUGUCAGUCAAGAAAGAUAUUCCUCCUUCAGCUGUCACAAGACCAAUAUUUGGUAUCCUGGGCACAAUCCAUCUGGUGGCAGGUAAUUAUCUAAUUGUCAUUACCAAAAAGACAAAAAUAGGUGAAUUUUUCAAUCAUGUAAUCUGGAAAGCAACAGAUUUUGACGUCCUUUCUUAUAAGAAGACAAUGUUGCACUUAACUGAUAUUCAGUUACAAGAUAAUAAAACUUUCCUAGCGAUGUUAAACCAUGUCCUGAAUGUGGAUGGGUUUUACUUCUCAACGACAUAUGAUUUGACCCACACCUUGCAGCGGCUGUCCAACACGAGCCCAGAAUUCCAAGAAAUGAGUCUUUUGGAAAGGGCAGAUCAGCGGUUUGUAUGGAAUGGUCAUCUUCUAAGAGAACUUUCUGCGCAACCAGAGGUCCACCGGUUUGCUCUUCCCGUGUUACAUGGCUUUAUUACUAUGCACUCGUGUUCUAUUAACGGAAAAUACUUUGAUUGGAUUCUCAUCUCGAGGAGGAGUUGUUUCAGAGCUGGUGUGCGCUAUUAUGUAAGAGGAAUUGAUUCCGAAGGCCAUGCAGCCAACUUUGUAGAAACAGAGCAAAUUGUGCACUACAAUGGGAGCAGGGCUUCUUUUGUGCAGACUCGAGGAUCAAUACCACUUUUCUGGUCUCAAAGACCAAAUCUCAAGUACAAACCGCUGCCGCUGAUCAACAAAGUAGCAAAUCAUAUGGAUGGUUUCCAAAGGCAUUUUGAUUCACAAGUUAUUAUUUAUGGAAAACAAGUAAUAAUCAAUCUGGACUUCUAUACUCCUGUCGGAGGGCCCCUAGAAGAACAUGUGAAGAUACGUGUAUAUAUUGCCUUCGACUUCCAUAAAGAAUGUAAAAAUAUGAGAUGGGACCGACUGAGUAUUCUGAUGGACCAGGUAGCAGAAAUGCAGGAUGAGCUAAGUUAUUUUCUAGUGGACUCCGCCGGCAUGGUGGUGGCAAGCCAGGAGGGCGUGUUCCGCAGCAACUGCAUGGACUGUCUGGACAGGACCAACGUGAUCCAGAGCCUGCUGGCCCGCCGCUCGCUCCAGGCCCAGCUCCAGAGACUGGGAGUGUUGCACGUGGGACAGAAGCUUGAAGAACAGCACGAUUUUGAGAAGAUUUACAAAAACGCCUGGGCCGACAACGCAAAUGCGUGUGCCAAGCAGUACGCGGGCACUGGCGCCUUGAAGACGGACUUCACCAGAACUGGGAAGAGAACUCAGCUGGGACUGGUCAUGGACGGCUGGAACUCGCUAAUACGCUAUUACAAGAACAACUUCUCCGAUGGCUUCAGGCAGGAUUCCAUAGACUUAUUUCUUGGGAACUACUCAGUGGACGAAUUAGAAUCUCAUAGUCCUUUAAGUGUUCCACGGGAUUUGAAAUUCCUGGCUUUGCCUAUUAUCAUGGUUGUUGCCUUCUCGAUGUGCAUUAUCUGUUUGCUGAUGGCUGGUGACACUUGGACAGAAACACUGGCCUAUGUGCUCUUCUGGGGAGUCGCAAGCAUUGGAACAUUUUUUAUUAUUCUUUAUAAUGGCAAAGAUUUUGUCGAUGCUCCCAGAUUGGUCCAGAAAGAAAAGAUGGACUGAAUUUGUGUCUGUGGAAAGCGGCUCGGCUUAGAAGAUUCCAUCAUGCAGAACUGGAGUCUUUACUGACCCGCUUUCCACAUCAGCCCGAGGUCCUUUUAAAGCCUCUCUCCAGAAGCACGGCUUGUGCUCCGUGUGGGGGGAGGGGGGGUGACCUGGAAUCAGCCGGACGUUCCUGCCUCAGCGACCUCUUCACUACUGGGAUGGCUCUGUUUAUAAUUUGAAGCUCUUCUGUAAUUAAAGGGUGA